AUGUUGUCAAGGUGGAUGUUCCUGCUCUGGGCGAGCAGCGCUCUUUGUGAGUUGCGGUUGGACCCCCUGGUGGAUACCAAGCAGGGUUUGAUCAAGGGUUUGAGGGCUGAUGAUGGAGACUAUUCCAUGUUUCUUGGAAUACCGUAUGGGAGGGUGGAUACGGAGAAUCCUUUUGGAGAAUCCAAACCUUACCCAAAAUUCGAAACUGCCUUCGAAGCGUAUGACGAUUCGGCAAUAUGCCCUCAAGUUGAGGAAUUCAACAAUACAAUCGUUGGUAACUUGGACUGCCUACAUUUGAACGUAUACGUGCCACACAGUGCUACAUCUAGAAACAAGCUACCAGUGCUGGUUUGGAUUUAUGGUGGAGGCUUCAGAAUAGGAUUUGCUGGCCGAUACCUAUAUGGCCCAAAAUAUUUAGUCAGGCACGAUGUCAUUUUGGUCACGUUAAACUACAGGCUGGGUCCGUAUGGUUUUAUGUGCUUGGAUCUACCGGAGGUACCUGGGAACCAGGGAUUAAAAGACCAAGCAUUAGCUCUGAAAUGGGUUAAGGAGAAUAUCGAGGAGUUUGGAGGUAACAGCAACAAAAUAACGAUUUUCGGAGAAAGCGCCGGUGCUGCAUCAGUUGAAUUCCACCUCCUAUCUAACCAAGAAAAGCUAUACCACCAAGCAAUCUUGCACAGCGGCUCAGUUUUCGGCACAUGGGUUUUUAAAGAAUCUGACAAUACCGUCCCUUCAAAGAUAGCCAAGCAAUUAGGCUUUGAAACAAACAAUGUUUAUGAAGCAUUAGAUUUUCUUAAAACCGUUGAUGAGAAAUUGGUAAUCGCAGCAAGCACUGAACUAUCUCUCUAUCAACAUCCGUGUGUAGAAAAGGAGUUCGAAAAUGUUGAUCGCUUUAUACACACACAUCCAAUAAACAUUGACGUUGUAGCAAAGGCAAAAGGCAUGCCCAUUCUAACAGGAUUCAACAGUCAAGAGGAAUUAAUGGCAUAUGCUACAUUACCAGAUAAAGAUUAUGAAAAAUUGAAUCCUUUUGAUGAUAUACUAUCUUUAGUUUUUGAUAUGGACCAGUUGAAAGGAUUAGAUUUAGUGCGUCAUUUUUAUAUAGGAGAUGAUAAAAUUACUUCAGAUGUUAAGUGGGAUUUGAUCAACUUCAAUUCUGAUAUUCGCUUUAACUAUGGAAUAACAAGAAGUCUAGAGCGGUUCCUCAAAAAUGGUGCUAAUGUCUACAACUAUUUGUUUUCGUAUGAGGGUGGCAGAAAUUUUGUCAAGAGAAGAUUUAAUGUGACAGAGGGUGAGGCAGCCCAUGCUGAUGAAUUGGGGUAUUUAUUUGAUGUAAGCUUUUUUGAUGUCAUGAGCGAAGAUGAUCAAUUGGUGAUCGAUAGAAUGACAACGAUGUGGACGAAUUUUGUUAAGUACGGAAACCCUACACCAGAGGUGACCGAUCUUUUGCCCGUCUCAUGGCCUGCAGUCACUAAGGACUCCCACAACUAUUUCAAUAUAGACAAAGAAUUGACAACUGGGAAUAGACCCUUCACACACAGAAUGUCGUUCUGGGAGCUCUUCUAUACAUUAAAUGAAAAGGCAAUCAAGGGAUACGUUGACAAAGUGUAG